UAAUUGAAGGAUCGUCAACUGGGGAAGCAGACUAGACGCUGAUUUGCGGUCCAGGGCAAUGCCACAACUCGCCAUGCGAGCUAGUGACCGUAGUCGAAGCCUGUCCCGCCCCGGAUACGGCCCUAUAUUAUGAAACCGCUAUUGACGGGCAGGUCUUGCUGAUGGGUCUGCUGCCCUAAGUAGAGAAGUCUGCUCCUGCCGUUUAUACCAUGUCCCCAGGCCAUGCUCUCUAGUGCCGUCCGAUUCCUGACCAUCCGGCGGAAAGGCUCACAGUGAGCCAACCCUGCCUUGUCCAUCAACAUGUCGACCCAGGGGUACACAGACUGCGUCCCAGGGACAUUCUACGGCCUCAAGAAUAAGGAGGUGAACCCGGGGGACGUCCUCCAGCUCCGAUGGGGUGCGAUCGACAAUGGAGACACUCCACUUAACAUCUCCUUGGGCCGCCGGGGAGGGACGCUCAUUGAUGAGAUUACUGUUGGAGCCAAGUUCACCACCACCAGCUCUCUUUACCAACUUAUCGUCAAUGACACCGCCAACUGCACCCUAGAACAAUACACCUGGGCCAUCCCCAGCGGGUUCAACACUACCAACCCACAAUACCAGAUCGGAUUGUUCAACGCAACUGCCAAACUAGGAACCUAUGGGAUCGAUCUAUAUGGCUGGAUCAGCUGGAGUGAUUACUUCUACGUUCGCGAAAAGGGCGCCGCGACCACCACCACCACCACCUCGUCGACCACCUCCACUGGCUCAACACUUACCACCAGCACCGCGACCGACGGCUCGUCCGUUACCACAUCACCCGCUUCCUCCCACAGCAGCAGCUCCAGCUCGAAUAGUGUCGGCAUUGGUGUGGGUGUGGGCGUCGGCGUCGGUGCGGCCGCCAUACUCGGGGCCCUCGCAUUCUUUCUCCUCCGUCGGCGCAGCAAGAAGAAGCAGAGGGUCGUGGCCCCAGCGCAAGAGACGAGCGAAGUGGCAGGUUCGCCACUGUACGAGUUGCCUGCCCCAGCGAAGAAGCAGCCUGUCCCGGAGGGGACGCAGAUGUACGAGUUGCAGGGGUGAUCGGUCGGUUUCCGACAAGGAUGAUGGACUUCGAAGGGCUCUUCAGCACCUGUUCGGUGUUCAUCCAGACGAUAAAAGAGAGAGUGACAUUGAAGAGCUACAAGCCACUCAACCUAUCCUAAUCUUCAACCCAUUCCAGGAGGACAA